AUGGCAGAAAAGACGCUGCUCCGCAUCGGCUUCGUGCCCGAGCACUUUUCGACGCCGCUACACUUUGCGCAGAAGCAUUUUGGCCUGGAUGCCAAGCUGAUACCCUUCCCCUCGGGCACGGGGCACAUGGUGACUGCGAUCCGCGCCGGUGAGAUCGACAUAGGAAUCGGUCUGACAGAGGGAUGGAUCGCGGGGCUGGGUAAGGAGGGAGUCGAGGGAGAUGGAGGUUACCGUCUUGUGGGAACCUAUGUUGAGACGCCUCUGUGCUGGGCUAUCUCUACCGGGGCUGACAGGCCUGAAAUCACGUCCGUCUCGUCCCUGGCCGGUCGUCGCAUUGGCGUGUCGCGCAUCGGCUCGGGCAGCUACGUCAUGGGCUUUGUGCUUGCCGACCAGCAGGGUUGGCUGUCGUCGUCGACCCCGUUCGCAGACACGGUGGUGCUCAACACAUUCGACAAGCUGCGCGGCGCCGUCAACUCGGGCGACGCAGACUUCUUCAUGUGGGAGCACUUCACGUCUAAGCGGUACUACGACAACGGGGAGAUCCGCCGCGUGGGCGACAUCUACACGCCUUGGAGCAGCUGGAAGAUUGUCGCGUCGACCGCCCUCACCAAGGGUGAACUAGACCCCCGCGUCCAGGACCUGUUCUCCAAGCUCGACAAGGGCAUCGGCCACUUUAACGAGAACCAGGAAGAGGCCGUCCAGUACAUCUCUACCAGCCUCGACUACUCUGAGGCUGAUGCGCGUGAAUGGCUGUCCACUGUCGAAUUCCCGGCUACGACCAAGGGCGUCAAGCCAGAGGUUGUGGACAGCUGCGUGUCUAUCCUGCGGAAGGCGGGUGUCCUCGUCGAGGGCAAGGGGAUGGACCCGUCUGCCAUGACGUACCAGUAG